AUGGCUAUUGUUGAAACUGCCAUUGAUGGCAUUAAUUAUUUUUUAUCCCUUAGUGUUACUCAACAAAUCACAAUCUUAUUGGGAGUACCAUUUGUUUAUAAUUUAAUAUGGCAAUAUUUAUAUUCAUUAAGAAAAGAUAGAGCCCCAUUAGUGUUUUAUUGGAUUCCUUGGUUUGGUUCUGCUGCUUCUUUUGGUCAAAAACCUUAUGAAUUUUUUGAAUCAUGUCGUCAAAAACAUGGUGAUAUAUUUUCAUUUAUGUUAUUAGGGAAAAUUAUGACGGUUUAUUUAGGUCCAAAAGGUCAUGAAUUUAUUUUCAAUGCUAAAUUAUCGGAUGUUUCCGCUGAAGAUGCUUAUAAACAUUUGACUACACCCGUUUUCGGUAAAGGAGUUAUUUAUGAUUGUCCAAAUUCAAGAUUAAUGGAACAAAAGAAAUUUGCUAAAUUUGCUCUUACUACUGAAUCAUUUAAAAGAUAUGUUCCAAAAAUUAGAGAAGAAAUUUUGGAUUAUUUUGUUAAUGAUGAAAGUUUUAAAUUGAAAGAAAAAAAUCAUGGAGUUGCUAAUAUUAUGAAAACUCAACCAGAAAUUACUAUUUUCACAGCUUCAAGAUCUUUGUUUGGUGAUGAUGUUAGAAAACUUUUCGAUCGUUCAUUUGCUCAAUUAUAUUCUGAUUUAGAUAAAGGUUUUACUCCCAUUAAUUUUGUUUUCCCUAAUUUACCUUUACCUCAUUAUUGGAGACGUGAUGCUGCUCAAAAGAAAAUUUCUGCUACUUAUAUGAAAGAAAUUAAACUGAGAAGAGAACGUGGUGAUAUUGAUCCAAGUCGUGAUUUAAUUGAUUCUUUAUUGACUCAUUCUACUUAUAAAGAUGGUGUGAAAAUGACUGAUCAAGAAAUUGCCAAUCUUUUAAUUGGUAUUCUUAUGGGUGGUCAACAUACUUCUGCUUCUACUUCUGCAUGGUUCUUAUUACAUUUAGGUGAAAAACCUCAUUUACAAGAUGCUAUAUAUCAAGAAGUUGUUGAAUUGUUAAAGGAAAAAGGUGGUGAUUUGAAUGAUUUAACUUAUGAAGAUUUACAAAAAUUACCUUCUGUUACUAAUACUAUUAAGGAAACUCUUAGAAUGCAUAUGCCAUUACAUUCUAUUUUCAGAAAAGUUAAAAAUCCAUUAAGAAUUCCAGAAACCAAUUAUGUUGUUCCAAGAGGUCAUUAUGUAUUAGUUUCUCCUGGUUAUGCUCAUACUAGUGAAAGAUAUUUUGAUAAUCCUAAUAAUUUUGAUCCAACUAGAUGGGAUACUGCUGCUGCCAAAGCCAAUUCUGUUUCAUUCAAUUCUUCUGAUGAAGUUGAUUAUGGAUUUGGGAAAAUCUCCAAAGGGGUUUCUUCACCUUAUUUACCAUUUGGUGGUGGUAGACAUAGAUGUAUUGGUGAACAAUUUGCUUAUGUUCAAUUAGGAACUAUUUUGACUACUUUUGUUUAUAAUUUAAGAUGGACUGUUGAAGGUAAUAGAGUACCAGAUCCUGAUUAUUCUUCAAUGGUGGUUUUACCUACUGAACCAGCAAGAAUUAUUUGGGAAAAAAGAGAAACUUGUAUGUUUUAA